AUGAUAAUUAAUUCAGAUGGAGGUUCUACACCUAAUAAAUAUUUAUCAUUGUGGCCAUUUAUUCUGACAUUAAAUGAGUUGCCAAUUCCUGAGCGUCGAUAUUUGGAGAAUAUAUUAGUCGCUGGUAUUAUGCCAACUGGAAAAAAACCAACUAAUUCUGUCGUUCAAACUUGUUUAAAUUUAAUAUAUGAACAACUGAUACAAUUAGAAUUUGGACAAGAAUUUUUCAUUAAUGAUAUUGAUCAACGAAAGAUUAUUCACUUUUACAAUAUAGCAAGUUGUACAGAUAAACCAGCUGCAGCAUUGAUGGAAAAUGUUGUACAAUAUAAUGCUGGAUAUGGCUGUCCUAAAUGCUUUCAUGCUGGUGAACUAUAUCAUGAACAACGACGUGUUGAUGCUAACGAAGUAAAAUUUACAAUACGUGUUUAUCCUUUUACUGAAUUUCAACUUCGAACACAAGAUAAAUGUUCUCAAAUUGUUGAAGAAUUGGCUAAUUAUCCAAAUCAAAUUAAUAAUAAUAAUCCGGUUCGUAUCAAGAAAACAACUACAUUAGCAAAAAUAAAAAACAAAAAACAAAAAAAAGAAGCUCAUUACGGUCAUCUUGAAUAUUGUCGAGAACGUUGGUCUUUAUUUAAGAAUAUAACAGAUAUAGAUGAGUUAUUAUUGUUAGUUCAAACUCCAUCAACAACACAACGUCGAUUUCGUUCUCUCAAGCUUAUUGCUAAAUAUAAAGGAAGUGAAUUCCGUUGCUUAUUCCAUUUUGGUUCAACAGCUAUUUUACAACCAAUUAAUCUUGCAUCAGCUAAUUAUGUAACAGAUGAAAGUAUUGAAGCUGUUAAAAAAAUAUUAAACUAUUUCGUUCAACAUUUUCAAAACAUAUUUGGUUUACGUCAUAUGAGUUCCAACAUUCAUUCUCUACUACAUAUACAUGAAUGUUUAAAAUUUAUUGAUCCAUUGUGGUUUUACUCUACUUUCGCUUUUGAAGGAAUUGACAAGGAUUUGAUAAGUACCGUUCACGGUACAACAGAAUUUACUAAACAACUUAUUCGACAAAACAUCCUAUAUCGUGAUGCUAUCAUUCAACAUAAUAAUGAACGUUAUCCAAUGAUAUUAUUUACAUUCAAUGAAGAUUUACUUAAUCGAAAACAGUCCAAAAUCCAUUAUAAAAAUUUUGUUGAUUUAUGUUAUUUACCUAAUUCUGUAUCUAAAGAAUUAUAUGAUACAAGUGAAAAUGGUAUUGCUACACAUGUUCAAUCUUUUUUUAAUGAUGAUUUAACAUUUUAUCAUUCCUCAAUAAUAUCAAGUGUUUUAUUGAAAACUACAGUAGUGAAACAUGGUAAAUUAGUAGCUGAUAGCUGUAUUUCAUUUCAUUUUGCGGAAGAUCAAACAAGAUAUGGACUUAUUAGAGCUAUUGUUAAAUCAAAACAAAAUAGUGUUCGUUUAUUUAUUGAAGAACUGAUUGAAAAAAAACCUGAAUCAUCAAAAUUUAAAUUUAAAAUAAAUGAUGAACAAUAUCAAAUUCCAAAUAUACUUCGAUUGAAACGUUCAAAUAUCUUUCAUCUUAAACAUCCGAAAUAUUUUUUAAAAAAGAAUGCUAUUGUAUGUGAACCUGAGACUAAUCAUGUUCCAUCUUUAGCACCAGAGAUAUAUGGAACAAACACAUUUGAUUUUGGCAACGAUUUAGAUGUACCAUUAGUUGCUGAAAAUUUAGCAUCGGGAGUUAAAUAUCUAAUAAAUACACUAAAAACUAUCCCAUUACCAGAUAUUCACGAUCAAUGUCAGAUUGAAUAG